CAUCAACACCAAAGCGCAUUCGUUACAGCGCAUAGCAUAUACCACUUCCUACUUGACUGAUACUAUUGCCCAUAAUGCUCAAGAUCUGGACUAUGAAGAAGGACGCUGCCGAGGCGGAGAAGAAGAGGCCAAAGGUCAGCGCUGCGCAGAUUCGUGUUCAAAAAGAUUUGACCGAACUCUCACUUCCUUCGACGAUGCAAACACAAUUCCCCAAUCCAGAGGACUUGCUAAACUUUUUUCUUACAAUCGAGCCCGAUGAGGGCAUGUAUCGAGGCGGACUCUUCAAGUUCUCCUUCGCAAUCUCAAACGACUAUCCCCACCAACCCCCAAAAGUCCGCUGUACCCAAAAGAUCUACCACCCCAAUAUCGACCUCGACGGAAACGUCUGCCUCAACAUCCUUCGCGAAGACUGGAAACCGGUCUUGAACCUCAAUGCCGUCAUGGUCGGCCUACAGUACCUCUUCCUCGAGCCAAAUGCGGAUGAUCCGCUGAAUAAGGAGGCGGCUGAGGAUUUGAGGAGGGAUCGGGAGGGGUUUAGGAGGAAUGUGAGGAGUAGCAUGGUGGGGAGCAGUGUUAGGGGGCAGGUUUUCGAUCGGGUUGCGAGGUGAGAGUGAGUUAUUGUCGGGAGGAUAUACGAAGACGUCCGUCUUGCGCUGGCGUAGGAUACGAUAGGAGGAGAGGAGUGAACGUCGGCUAUAUCAAAGAAGAGGAGAUCAGAUGCAUUUGGCCUACGCCUAUACU